UAUAUUUAACAGUUGCACAACCGUUGUGUUUUUGAACGCUGAUCAGUGACGCUGACAUUAUUUAUCUGUAUUCAACGUAAAAAAUGGCGGAUUGUAAGGAAUGUGCAGACAAUAUUGAACAUCCACCACUUGUUCUAAAAGUCGAUCCACCCGAGGAGUUGCCAGAAGAUUCUACUGAAGAUUCAACUAUUAGCAAUUCGAUUGUAUCAACUAAACAAGAUAAACAUGUCUAUGAUGAAACGAAAAAUCAUGCAGUGGAAUUAAAUAACCAAGAAUCAACAUUGGCAACUAUUAAAUCUUCUAAUAAGUAUUGUUCCUCAAUAGCUGUUUCAAAGUUGGGAAAUUUAUUUGGUAGUAAUGAAUUUUUAAAUCCUGUAACUAGCAAAUCAAAGUCAUCUAUAUUAAGGCCAUCUCAAUUAAAUAUGAUAACCAAUAAUUCUACAGAUAGUACUGAUAAAAUUGUUUUACAACCUGCAAAAUUUCAUAAUCCUUUCACAAAGGUUACUGAUAAUUCUGUGGAUGAAGAAUCUGUAACAAAAAGCAAUAAAACUGAAACAAGUAAAGAGUCUAAAAUUGAGGAAAAACCAGUAGAAGAUAUAAAAUUAAAAUUUUUGCCUUUGGGUACGAGCACCAAAGAAAACGAGAAUAAUAUAAAUAAUACUGUAACACCCAGUGCAUCUACUCCUAGCUUUGUGUUUGGUCAAAAUUUAAAGGAACGUGUCACUGUCUCUAGUGAUACAGAAGGUUUGAAUAAUUCUGAGAAAGAUAAAACAAGUGAAGAAAGCAAUGAGAAUGGAUCUUCUGAACUUCUAUUCUCAAAUGCAGCUUCAAAUUGUCGUACUACAGUGAGACCAGGUUUGACAUUAACUCAAGCAGCACAGGUAUUAGAAGAAGCUAAUCGUGCAAAUAAGAGAAAAUAUAAUCAAGUAACACUGUUGACUGGUGAAGAAGGAGAAACAAAUAUUCUUCAAAUCAAUUGCAAAUUGUUUGCUUUUGAUAAGACUAAUAGCAGUUGGCAAGAAAGGGGAAGAGGUACGUUGAGACUUAAUGAUCGAGAUGAAGAAUCGCGCUUAGUUGGUCGUACUGCCGGAACUCAAAGAUUGAUUCUGAAUACGAAAGUAUGGUCGGGUAUGACUGCGGAACGUGCUGGACCUAAGUCGUUAAGACUAACUGCUAUGGAUGUUCAUGGAGAUAUUCGAAUUUUUAUUGUACAAGCAGCACCUAAAGAAGUUGAUCAACUGCAUAAUCUUUUAUUACAGCGGCUUAAACGUGCGCAAGAACGCCACCCUAAGAAAUUAGCAACGGAUCAUUGACAAUUUUCACAAAACGUUAACUAUGCAUCAGCUUGAUUUGUGCAACAUAGAAAAUAUUAAGAAAAGAGUUAAAUUCUUUAGAAAUAUAAAACUAUUUGGUAUGAGCAAUAGAAUGGCUAUGAUUUGUGCCUUUCUUCAAAAGUUAUAGUCUUCUUACAUUAAUAUUUAUCGAAAAAAGAUUAUGUUAUGAUACUUAUAUGAAUUUGAAUUUUC